AUGCGGACACACUGCACCACGCGCGUUUGGAUACAGCUCGCUCUCUCACAGUUAACUGGAUUAAAGAAUCAUCCUCUUAGCGCCAACUACUAGCCCACGAAUAUACCUUAUAAGUCAAAUCAUUCUCCUUUUUCUCUACGGAUUUUGGCUAAACAUUUGGUACGCAAAUUGGCAAUACCCGAAAUCCUAUACAUCGCUUGUAAAUAGAAUUGACAAGUGAACAGCUCGAAGGAAAAAAAAAAAAAAAAAAAAACAACCUAAUGAUGGAGCAAAGCGAGUUGCCACGUGGUCAAGAGCAUGAUGGGUUACAGUUUUUCCAUCACCGCGGCCCAGCCCAGGGUAGUCCCUUUCAAUUGGCAAAUCCUGUAGGCUCAGGUUGUUCUGUUGCUUUCACGAACCUGUCGCUUGAAUUGUUAAUUUUGGCAACUUAGCAGACCUUAUUUCACGGGCGAAUAGGCGAUCAUCAACACCCCCCGUUAUGUUCCCGAUUGGCAAACUCCGAAUCCACGUCCUUGCUUUGGAAUAUUACUUCUACAAUCUACACCUUCAAAUUCUCUGUUCGUAAGUGAAAGUAACGGAAUUUCAACUAGCCAAACACAAUGGUUUCUUUUGAGCUGAAUGACCAAAAAAAGAUUGGAGCAGGAUUGACAACAUUUGGUAUAAUUUUCUCAUUUUUGGGACUAAUAUUCCUGUUCGACAAGAAAUUACUUGCUGUGGGAAAUAUCCUCUUCCUCUCAGGCUUGUUUUUAUUGAUUGGAUUGAAGUCCACCAUGCAAUUCCUCGUAAAACCGCAAAAUAUAAAGGGAACGAUAUCGUUUGGUGCUGGCUUCUUGUUUGUCGUAAUCGGCUGGCCUAUAUCAGGCAUGAUUUUGGAAGGGUCUGGUUUCUUCAUGCUCUUCAGCUGUUUCUGGCCAACGAUGGCAAUUUUUCUGCAGAAGAUACCAAUUCUUGGUUGGUUUUUGAAACAGUCAUAUGUUAGAUCGUUAAAACAAUUAGAUUAUGAGGAUAUAGAGUAAGAGGAAGAGAAUUGAAUGGGGGGAAAAAAAAAGACAGAGAGAGAGAGAAGUAAUUGAUUCCAAUGUGAUUCAAUUAUUAUCCACACGGUUCCUUGUUUGCAGUUCUCCGACCGGUAUUAUGAUCAAGACAGACGAAUGCCUAUAUAACC